AUGCUCUGCAUCCCUAUAACCACCAGCCAUCAUAACAAUCGCACACAAAACCGAAAGAUGCUCCGAAGUUUCCGGAGCCAUAAAGGCCUAAGGUCCGGCCACUCAUCCAGCAAGGUUCAACACGCCAGACAACCAAGCGACGCUUCAUCCAUGGAUUCCCGCUCCUCCACCACCAGCAGCAACGGGAGGAAUCUCGAUUUCGACCCCCUGAGGUGCCAUCCUCCCGACCUCACCUUCACCCAUCGGCCAUCUCUGGGGAAUAUCAGCGAGGACGAGUUUGAAAGCCAUCGACCAGUCCGGCCCUCACGCAGUCUGCCCGGGCCACCUCAUCACAGUGAGCGUGCUCACUACACGACGACGCCACGUGUACAUCACCAACCACCAACCACGCCAACAACCAUCAUCUACGACGGCUUCGACUUUGGCUUCGACCAUAAUAAGCCAACACCACCAUCAGCUCCAGCACAUCACCUUUCAGCAGGCGUGGCAACGCCAUCCUCUCCCACGCCGAGCACCGACAGCUUCAGCAGCAGCUUCAGCAGCGCCAGCAGCGACUCGGUAGACUCGCAUUACUGUGCCGGCCUAGCAGCGGCACCACAGCCUCGUCAUCAGCGUCCUCGCCCCGAGGAGGUCUCAGCAGCAAUGGCACGCCCACGAGGUCUGGUUGCCGCUGAUGAUUUCAUCAAGAGAGGCGGUUGGAAGAGGAGGGGCGUCAUCUUUGAGCUGGACGUGCCGAUGGCUGAUGAGGAAGAGUGCUUUGAUCUUGAUAUGGAUUGA